UAAAUAAAACGGUGGUCCAAUAUGGCGGCGCCCAGUGGCAGUGUGAACUGUGAAGAGUUCGCCGAGUUCCAGGAAUUACUCAAGGUGAUGAGGACAAUUGAUGACAGAAUAGUUCAUGAAUUAAACACUACAGUUCCAACAGCUUCCUUUGCAGGGAAAAUCAAUGUCAGUCAAACCUGUAAACAGCUGUAUGAGUCUUUGAUGACAGCUCAUGUCAGUAGGGACAAAGUUAUAAAGAACUGUAUAGCACAGACCUCAGCAGUAGUAAAAAGUCUCCGAGAAGAGAGAGAAAAGAACCUGGAUGACUUAACGUUAUUAAAGCGACUUAGAAAAGAACAGACCAAGUUGAAAUGGAUGCAGUCAGAACUAAAUGUCGAAGAAGUGGUAAAUGACAGGAGCUGGAAGGUGUUUAAUGAACGCUGCCGAAUUCACUUCGAGCCUCCAAAGAAUGAGUAGAGAGAGAGUUUUUUAAAAAGACCUGGUCAUCUCCUCGCCCGGGCAUGACAGACGCCAGCAGAGCCGGCUUCCGAGGGUGAUCUCCGAGCCAGCAGGCUGAGGCCUUUGGUUGGUUCAGCCCUUUCAGCCAAGACCUCAAGUCUAAUUCUCAUAAUUAUAAAAUAAUCAUUUGUUAUUUUAUACUGAUUCUGUAAAAAAUGUUUUAUAACUAUUAAAAUAAUUUUC